AGGACCAAUGAGGACACGGAAUAUUGGGCACAGAGUCCGGCGCACUGGCUUGGGUCAGACGCAGGGAGACGACGCAAAUGAGGGACCCAAGGAUUGCAUUUAACCGAAGUGAGAUGCAUCCACAGAGCGGGAGAUGGGAGGUGGGGCUUAAGAGAAAACUCUACUGCGCAUGCUCUGUGGGCCCACAUCCGGUUACUUCUGCUCUCAACCAUGAUCUCAGGCAGUCUCCAGUUCUGGAGAAGAAGAGACGAGAGGAGCUUUAGAACAAUUCCACCUCUUCACCCGGGUCCUUGUCUGCUGUUAGCUGCUUCAUGCUAGGUGGCUAAUGCUAGUCGGUGUACAUCAACAAACCGUAGAACAACGAGGAGCAGAAACACCGGAGACACAGCAGGAGAAGGAGCACUGAGAGCAACAUGGAGGAGAACAAAGAGACCCCCAGAACUCAGGAACGGAGAAGAAGAAAGCAAACCGAACCUCACAUCUGUGACCAGUGUAACAAAUCCUUCUCAACAUCUAAUACUUUAAAGAUUCAUCAAUGCAUUAACACUGGAGAGAAACCGUACAGCUGUGACCAAUGUGGCAACACUUUCAAUACUCCAUUUGAACUUCAGUCACAUUAUCGUAUUCACACUGGAGAGAAACCAUACAGCUGUGACCAGUGUGGGAAAACCUUUGCUCAGAAAGGCAACCUUUCAUCUCAUCAGCGAAUUCAUACUGGAGAGAAACCCUACAGCUGUAAACAGUGUGGCAAACAAUUUACUGAGAAAGGUCACCUUCAAACCCACCAGCGAAUCCACACUGGAGAGAAACCACACAGCUGUGAAGAGUGUGGGAAAACUUUCACUACUUCAAGUAAACUCACAGUCCAUCAUCGUAUUCACACGGGAGAGAAACCAUACUGGUGUGAAGAGUGUGGGUCAACUUUCACUACAUCAAGUAAACUCAAAGUCCAUCAUCGUAUUCACACGGGAGAGAAACCAUACUGUUGUGAAGAAUGUGGGAAAACGUUCACUACAUCAAGUACACUCACAGUCCAUCGUCGUAUUCACUCAGGAGAGAAACCAUACUGGUGUGAAGGGUGUGGGAAAACGUUCACUACACCAAGUGAUCUAAAAAAACAUUGUCGUAUUCACACGGGAGAGAAACCAUACAGCUGUGAACAAUGUGGGAAAGCCUUUUCACGAGGUAGUCAACUUAAAGUCCACGAGCGCACUCACAUUGCGCCGUUUUGAAUAACUUUGAGAGCCAAGCCAGCUGUUACUUCUCCUAAUGUCCUGAUAGCUGUAUUGUUAUACACUCCUGAACAAAAAUCUGAAAACCGGGUGGAGAAUUGACCAGAAUUCCCAUUUCGUACUGGUGGAUCAUAACCAGCUUGUAAGUAGAGCUUCAAAAUGCAAAAACAAGAAACAGUAGCAAGAGACCAAAAGAGAAAGUAGGCAAUUUAUUGAAACCUGAAUUUACACUCAAACAGGCUGAUUACCAGCGCAUAAAAAAUGUAAGACAAUAGCCAAAAAAACUGAAAUUAAAGUGUAAAAAAUGAACCCAGUAAUGAGUUACCCCACCAGUGUUGUUGAUAACUUCAAACAUUUAUUUAGGCAAGCUUGAUGCAAGUGUUUCCAUGCGGCUUUUGGGAACGUUGCUCCAUAUGGUGAUUCACGAAGGGCAUCCACGCUCUGGAACUCAUGUCCGUUUUUGUAAACUUCCCUUGCCUUCCAUCCCCAAACGUUCUCAAUCGGAUUUAGAUCAGGAUAGUACAGAAGAGUGACGUUAUUCUCCUGGAAGAAGUCCUUAAUCAGGGGGUUGUUUUUCGGUUGAAAGACCCAGUCACCACCAUUGAAGGAAGAAGGACCCCAUAUCAUAAUGGAUUCUCCUAAAGUUGGAAGCCAUCAGGACAAUCCAAGUUACAAAACCUUCCACGGUUCAAUGUCCCAUUUUGUAUGCUCCAUUGCAAAGUCCAGACGGCAAGUUUUUGACGCGUAAGGAGACGUAGCAUUCGAAUACUUUUGUUGUUCUUCAAGCCCUUCUCUCCCAGAUGUCGUCUUAUCAGAAUCAGAAACAGGUUUAUUACAAUGUAGGUUGACGUGAACAAGGAAUUUUGACUUGGUGUCGUGGUGCAAAAAUUAAAAACACAGAUAGAAAACUAUUUUGGUUAUUGGGCUGCAGUCAGCAUCUGUAAUGGCCUUAAUUUGGGUCAAGUUUUGGCCUGUGUCUUUACGGAAAGCCCAUAGGAUCAUUCGGCGCAGCUGAAAUGUUUUUGGGGUCUACCACUUGACUUUUAUUAUCCACAAUCGUGCCACGUUCAAAGACAGAAAGCCUUUUGCCAUCAGGAGGUCAUGACAGUUUGAAUGCCUGACAUGAAAGCCACAUUUUUGCGCAGAUUUUGACUUUUUAAGGCUAUGGUCUUAAACUUUUGAUCAGAAGUUUUCAAUAUAUUGUCUACUGCUAUAUCUAUUGCAUUUUGCAGCAGUUUUUCCUAUCAUUGUAAUUAAGUAGCCUAGUUUUUGUUCUUCCUAUGAAUGUGGCAGAUGUCACUUAAAGGGGACCUAUCAUGCAAAAUGCACUUUUGUACGUCUUUUAUACAUGAAUAUGUGUCCCCGGUGU